UCCUGAGUGCGAGGACAGCCCCUGAAUAAACGAGGUCGCUUCCUGAACAUAAAUCGAAAGUCAAAAGAGGGAAAGUGCGCAUGGUGACUGAGACUGACGGAGAAGCAGCGCAGAAACAGCACAGGAUGAGCCAGUGGAAGCAGAUUCAGCAGCUGGAGAUCAGACUCCUGGAACAUGUGGACUAUCUGUAUGAUGACAACUUCCCCAUGGACAUCCGUCAGGGUCUGUCCAGCUGGAUCGAGUCUCGGGAUUGGGACAUAGCAGCUAACGAUGAGUCAAUGGCGGUGGUGCUGUUCACAGACCUGCUAUCCCAGUUGGAUCAGGUGCGAUCGCAGGAGCAGAACUUCCUACAGAGACACAACAUGAAAAUCAUACAGCAGCAGUUGCAGAUGAAAUACAUGACAAAUCCUGCUCUCAUGGCCAGGGUUAUCUCCACCUGCCUCAAGGAAGAGCGCCGUAUUCUCUCCAGCGCCUGCAUGCAGGAACAGGGUCCACUGGAGAAAUCAUUGCAGAACUCUGUGGCCUCAGAGCGACAGAAGAAUAUGGACAACAGAGUUGGGAUCAUCAGGACCAGCGUGCAGUUGAUGGACCAGGCGGUGAAAUACAUCGGGGACAUGCAGGAGGACUUCGAUUUCCGCUACAAGACGCUGCAGUCUCAAGACGCUCCACGGAACCCCGAGGUGAUGAAACAGGAAAUAACAAGACUGCAGGAAAUGCUCAACAGGCUCGACUUUAAAAGGAAGGAGAUCUUAUCAAAGAUGGGCGUUGUGAUCAAGGAGAUCGAUGACCUGAUGACCUCUCAGCUCAACCCCGAGCUGCAGGACUGGAAGCGCAGGCAGCAGAUCGCCGCGAUCGGCGGUCCGCUGGUCACGGGCCUGGACCAGCUGCAGAGUUGGUUUACUCUGACCGCCCAGAGCCUCUUCCAGAUAAAGCACCAGCUGGACAAACUGGUGGAACUGGUUGUGAAGGUCACCUACGAAAGUGACCCGAUUCCCCUGCAAAAGCCUCAGAUGGAGGAGCGCAUCAACUACCUCAUCUACCACCUCAUCAAGAGCUCUUUCGUGGUGGAGAAGCAGCCGUGCAUGGCCACGCAUCCACAGAAACCCCUCAUCAUCAAGACCGGAGUACAGUUCACCACCAAAGUCAGACUCCUGGUUAAACUUCCAGAAGUGGAUUAUCAGCUGAAAGUGAAAACAACAUUUGACAAGGACCUCCCCCCGGGCAGAGUAAGUCGUCAGUUCUUCAUCCUGACCAACAACACUAAAGCGAUGGACAUCGAGGACUACUCCAACGGCUGCCUCUCAGUGGAGUUCAGACACCUGCAACUGAAAGAGAAGAAAUAUAUCAACGGGACAAAGGGGAGCGAGGGUCUCCUCUCUGUGACGGAGGAGCUUCACUCUCUCAGCUUUGAGGCUUGCUUCACAGUGCAGGGCCUCACCAUCGACCUGGAGACGUCUUCUCUGCCACUGGUGGUCAUUUCCAAUGUGAGCCAGCUGCCUGGAGGCUGGGCGUCUGUCAUGUGGUACAACCUCCUGACCGAUGAGCCCAGGAACUUGGCCUUCUUUGGAAACCCACCUCGGGCCACGUGGAGCCAGCUCUCCGAGGUCCUCAGCUGGCAGUUCUCCACCGUUGCUGAUCGAGGCCUCAACAAGGCGCAGCUCAACAUGCUGGGAGAAAAGCUUCUCGGUCAGCAUGCCUCCUGUAGUGACUUUCAAGUGUCCUGGUCCAAGUUCUCCAAGGAGAAUAUCCCAGGAAAGUCCUUCAGUUUCUGGAUGUGGCUGGACUCCAUCCUGGAGCUCAUCAAGAAGCACCUGCUGCCGGUCUGGAAGGAGGACUCCAUCAUGGGCUUUGUGAGUAAAGAGAUGGAGCGCGCUCUGCUGAAGGACCGAGAGUCGGGCACAUUCCUCUUACGCUUCAGCGAGAGCCACCUCGGAGGAAUCACGUUCACCUGGGUGGAGCGCGACCACAACGGAGACGUGAAGUUCAACUCCGUGGAGCCGUACACUAAGAGCCGGCUCAGCGCGCUCCCAUUGGCCGACAUCAUGCGAGACUACAAGGUGAUCUCGGACGGGGUCGUCCCGGAGAGCCCGCUCAAGUUCCUCUACCCCGACAUCCCCAAAGACGAGGCCUUCGGACUUCUCUACAACAGCCUGCCGAGCAAAGCCUAUCCGUACAUACCGUCUACCCUCAUCCCCAUCUCACAAUUGCGCUCCCGUCCAAUCGCCACGCCAAUUUCUUGUCAGUCUCCUGAGCCGCCGAUGACUCCCAGGGAGUUUGACAUGCUCAGCGAACAGCUGUGCUUUGACAUUGAGACCAUGAGCUCUCCAUAUUCAGACUGAAGCGAGAUGAAACAUGCAACACGUUGCUGAAAGAUGCCUUGAAUCAUUCCCAAAGGGGGUUUUCAUACAUUCAUUUCAUUUGUAUUGACUUGGUUUUGAGUUGUUGACUAUUUUCUAUAAGGACAUUAUUUCAUAUUAAACAUGUUUAUUUUGUGUCUGUAAUGUGCACUAUGUUGACGUAA